ACGAAUUUGAUGAGCCCAUAGUCUUUGACUUUGAUCAGGUACAGCAUGUUGACUAUAUAAACAUACAUGUCGGGGGUCCGGUUGAUUUGAACCUCCCGUAGAUUUGACCCCCGGGUCCAAAUCUACUAGUGGAUAUAGACCCCGGGGUCUAAAUCUACCAGUAAAUACGGACCCCCGUUGGCGGAUUUGGACCCCCUUCAAAAGUUGAAUAUAUGUAAUGUGAACACAAUGAUAUAAACCAAAUUCAUAAUAGUGUGCUGUUUGUCGUGGUGUGGUUAGCACUGCACAAACUCUACUACUACACAAGGCAGCAAAUUUACCCAACACAAUUAAAAUGAAGGGAAACAACAGGAGCGCAAACACAUGACAGAUGCUUUCUUAGGCGAAAGGAACACAGGAGAAAUGUAGAGUUCUAUAAAAGUGGUUCAUAUAUCGCUAAUCACGCUUGGACAAACAACCAUAAAUAGAUUUUAAUAGCGGGAAAUAAUUGGCAAAGGCAACUAUCAGCACAGAGAAACACUUGAAUCAUGGCACACUGCAUGCAUGCCUUGUCACCAAUAUGACGUCAGUGACGUCAGAUCAAAACCAUACACUUGUAUUAAUUUCUGAAUUGAAACAAAUAGAUAAAGGCAAUAUUUAGAAUGGCAUUAUGAUUAUACAUGCAUGCCUACAUAUUAUGGCUAAUGGGGGUUCUAUUGAUGCAAAUUAAUAUAUAAUUUUGUUUUUAUUUAGAUGAAUCUACUAACAAGUGAAAAUAAGACUUCUCAGCGACCACCACCGUUAUCGACAGGUGAAGAACGUGGUUGAUUAUACGCUUAUACUGCCUCUACAAAGACUUUUUGUUUGUUGUGUGUAAUAAUAACAAGUAAAUGAAAAGACGCUCACUUUAAUUGUUUUGGUAAUAUUUUUUAUGUAUUUUUAAGCUGUCGACGAGAAGAAUCCAGAAUUAACAAUCUUUCCCAACUAUUGCAGACUGGAGGUUUGUGUGUUUGGAACCGAGGGGUGUAUUGUUACGAAACAUUAUUACUUAUACACCAAAUUUUAGGCUAAAAAUAAAAUAACACAGAAGAUGUUUGCUUGAGAGCAGCUGAAAUGCUCGUGCAAGUAAAUAUUACUAAAAGCCUAAUAAUGGAUAUUUGGGCACACGUUAAUGUAAGGUAGAUAUUGAUUAUUUCCUUCCAUAACAUCAAUGGUUCUGACUUUUGACAAAACAUGAAAAUUUUGAAAUGAAACUUGUGUAUUGUGUUUAGGCUCUUUUUUUGCACAUUGGUAUUUCCCCUUCAAUUGCAAUUCUCACUGGGAUCAUCACUUGUUGCUGUACAUUGUAUUUGACUGGUCUGUCGUUUAGUAAGAGAAUUAGCAUUGAAAAUUUCUGUUUUAAUUACAGGGAGGAGUCCCAUUUAUAGUACGUGCAAAUAGAGAUCUACGUGAAGAAACAUACAGCAUUCAAUUUGAUAAUUAUGGCACUUGUAAAGCACGAGGAUCUGGCAGCAAACAUCUCGACGGUUGUGACAAUAUUCCUGGUAAGUUGCAUUGAAAUCUGUUUCCUAUUUUUUCUUUGCAUAAAUUUUCGUUGUAUCUUAAUUUCUUUUGUCUUCCGCCUCCAAAAUAUAAGCGUUCGAUUAUUUCUUUUGGUACUGAUAGACUGUAAUUUUAACACAAAUAAGCCAGUUCCUUAGCUGAGGUUCCAAAACUCCCAGGAAUAUUAGAAAAGUUCUCAAUUAAAAAGGUAACAUUUUAAACGAAACAUUACAAUUGUUAAUCUUUUAAGCCGCGAGACGAAGUGGUACACAUCCGAUCACAGUGCAUGUCUUUGAUGAAAAUGGGACGUGUAUCGGCGAUAUUCCAUUCGAGUACAGGGAUGAAAAGGGAAACCGAUACAUGGCGGGACUGGUAAAAAAUUCAAGUCAGGGUGGAUCGAAUCUUGAUAAUAAACCACUUUCACGGAAGACGAAAUCUUCAA